ACAAAUACAGCUGUUGCUUGAGUGUUUGUAUCGUACAUGCAACUCUGAAAGCUUCCAACUGACUUAAGAAGCACUAAAGAAUGACAGGGAUGCAAAUUCAUGAUGCAGAGUGGCGUGAAGCGUUCUGUCAUACUAACAACCAAGUUUACAGUUGACAAGAAUGGGAAGUCCUUGGAAUCCAAUACAAAAGUGGGCCACUUGCAACUGGAGAUCUCCGUCCCAGCUUACAUUAUAACCCAGUCAUCCAAUGGACUGUCAUUGCAAAUGAUUUCCCAUCUGAUGAGUAUUUGAUCUCGUCACUUCUGUGAUUGAUGGGGUUCACCAUCCAUUCUUCACCUAACUUUGCUCGGGACUAGUAUAUAUAUAAAGAAGAGGAGGCUCUUGUACUCUCGUCAAGACAAAGCCUUGCGAGAAAAGUCUCGUUGAAGAGAGGAGAGGGAGCUCCAUCCAGAGGGGGACGAAGAGCCAGAAUGAAGCACGGGGAAGAAGAUGACACAGCGAGCACAGGUGGAUCAGACGCCACCAUGGGCGGCGGCACAGCAGUCAAGCACCAAGCUUUGAGGCUCGCCGAGGACCUCUCCCUACCUUCAGUGCAGGUGGUGGUGAUGAGCGCCAACAUGGGUUGUUCGCACUGCCGACAGCGGGUCACCAAGGUGGUAACCAAGAUGAACGGGUUGCUGGAUUACAUGGUGGAUUUCGGGAAGAAGGAGGUCACGGUGAGGGGAACGGUGUUGCACACUAAGAAAAAGAGGAAGAAGAACAAGAUCAGUGGAGUUGGCAGCAGCUGGGAGAAGAUGCCGCCGACGUCUCCUAAUAUAAGCGCCAGGACACUGUCCUGGUUUUUGGGGUGCUACGGUUCAUAACUAGAGUACAUACCGUUCCUAGUUGCUUAAUUAUUUGUGUUAAUUCUUCUUUUUCUUUCUUUGUAUUUUUAUAUAGUUUUUUUUGCUGGGCAAAUAAUGUAUGCUGGUAGUAGCGUUGUGUAUAUCAUUUUCCAGGCAUGUGGGCAUGUCCUAUAUAAUCCCAAUAUUUGCAAGGAAACACUGUUAUCUU